AUGCCCAAGCCGUCAAGUCCCAACUCGCCAUCGCGGCAGAAUCCCAAUCGCCCAUCGUCACCUUUGAAAGGGGCUCAUCCAAUCUUGAGGUCAGUUUCCGGCCCAACUUCAAAGGCUGCGACCCCUGGGAAGCAGCGUCGCACAGUAUCGUCGUCUGCUGCCAAUGGGAAGGAAGGAUUUGCCCCGGUGAAGCUUCCCACAAUUCAGUCUGACCACCAAGAGCUGCCGAACGCAACUCCCUUCCCCUCUCUUCCGGAUCCUGCUUUAUCCUUGCAAAAUUCCACACCACGUAAAGCGGACAAGUCGCGGGCUGUACUGCCGCCCUCCCCAGAAACUACUCCUAAAGCACAUAGAAGGUUGCCGCGCGGACAUAACACCCUUGCACCCACUCCGCCUAAAAGUUCGCCGCGCGGACAGAAGACCGCUACACCCACUGCGGUGCCAGUUCUUGACCCUUUUAUUGUCUCCCGGGAAAAGACGAGUAGUGAAAUGGAAAAAGCUGAGGCGAGCAACCGUUCUGCACAGCCAAAAUCACUUCCGAAGAACUUAGGAACUGCGGACUCGCCGAUUGACGUGGAUAAAAUACUUUCGACGAAACUCCGACCUUCUCCGCAAAUACCGGUACCAAAGGGGAAGCAGCGUCGUAAAGCAUCAUCACCUGCUGCCAUUGAGAAUAUUGUAUUUUCGAAGAAUCCUACUUCUCCCAAGAACCCCCCGGCCGCCCAAUCUGACCUGGCAGAGAGGCAGAAACCAGUCCCUUUGCCGCCCGUUUCCGAUCCCGCUCAAUCCUUGCGCGAGUCAAAACCGCGUAAAUCGGAGAAGUUGGCGCGCGCUCUGUAUAUUCCCAGGAGCGUUGGGGAAAAUGGUAAAUCAGCGAAUGAACAUGGACCCGCUACGCAUGCAUCGGAACAUUCUUCCCCUGUCUUGGCGUCCCCGGUUCCAGUUGCAGAUGAUGAAUCGACCCGUUCUUUUCUGUCUUCUGUCCCCGACUUCUUCGCUUGGAGCCCCACCUCUGGAGUUGAGGAGAAAACGAUUUCCGGAAGCGGUUCCACAAGAGCCCCAGCUCGUUGGGAUAGGCAUCUACAUGACAAAUUUAUUCUCAAGAAAGUCGUUUCAGCUCCGGAACUGACCGCACUCCUGGGAGAGAUAGCAGACUCGGCGUUGGAGCGGGCUCAAAAAGCUAAUCCGAAUCAUUGCAAGCCUAACCAAUUACCUGAGAAAACGACAAAUCUGGGAGCAGCUUGUAUCAAGAAUACGGAGUACGAAAGCGAAGUGCGGGACUUCUAUAAAGAAUCAAUCGCACCGCCUUGUUUGGAAGCGGCGGGAGUUCUUGGUUUUGGAGCUGCAGGAGACUUUUUAAAGUGGCAGUCCAAAUUAUACGGGCAGAGAGAAGCCAAGGCUGAUGGGUUCUUGGUCGUCACUAACCUCGGAUCUGACUUCCUUGCUCUUCCUGACAAAUUCAAAACGCGUAUCAAGCUUCUUGAAGAUUGGAAUUUAAAUGUUCUGGCCAUAUGGGAGUUCAAGAGUCUGGCAGCCGGCUCUAAGGAGACUAUGGAGGCAAUUAUAGAGCUCAGUUUGCAGGAAAGCUUUUCUUGGACGGGAUGCACAUCACACGAUCGAUGCAACUCUAUCGAUUCUAUCGACUAUCACCCAAGUGGCCCCCUACCCGUCAAUACCGGCAAGAGAACAAGUCCUGAUUCCUUGGAAUGCCUUAUAGAGUCCCAGCCGAAGGUCCCCAAGCGUUCUCCCGAUGUCGAAGACGAGAACAGCGACGAAACACUCUCAUAUAUUGAGGGCAUUUAUCCUGGAGACGAGACGCCUGAAUAUGAAUCCCGAUUGCCCCAUGCUAAAGAGCCUCAGGCUUGGGCCGAGGCAGUACAAAAUGAUGCCACCUUCAUAGUUAUCAAUGCAGGCUUGUACGAAGUUAUUGGACUUCGCCAUCGAGCAAGCCAAACACUUUAUCUCUCGGACAUAUUCAAGGUUUCCAAUUCUACGCCUGCGUAUGGAAAGUUGCAUACUGGCUUAUAUCUCGCCGCAUUCAAAGACGCCCUCGACCGUGCUCGACAACUCGACAACAUGAAGAUUUCGGAUUCCCGGUUUAAUGUUCUUUAUCGCCGCAAGUACCCCCACGAUAAAAUGAAAUAUAAUUACGAAGAUCCAAGGGACAUGGACUCCCAAAUACGGGCAGAAUGUUUGAUCGCUCAGCAACAUGCGACGCUGUGUGAAAGGUUGAAAUGCUGCCACAAAGCCGAAGUGAAGGCAAUGAUUCCUAUUUUUGGCGUUGCAAAAGUACAACGUUUCAAGCGCUUCGAUACAGGCGAACCAGUCGAUUCAGAACCUGACAUAUCCAACAAUCUACAGUUGAUGCUGCUCAAACCUUUGGGUAGUCACGUUUAUAACUGCGAGGUGACUCUGGGCGGUCAGCUUAUUGCUGGUUGGUUUGUCGUGAAACUGGCUCAACGACAAGAACACCAUGAAAUUCUUCUCAAAGAAUACAAGACGUAUCUCAAAUUGGAGGAAGAGGGCUUCAAAGGCAUUGUCGAAGUGUAUGGAUUAUUCUGGUGUGAUGCACCCUGUCCGGGAAUGGGGAGAAUGGCACUUCUGAUGUCAUAUGGCGGUAAAACCCUCCUACAUCGGAAAGAGUUAAAGGCAUUGGGACAGCCGCUAAGUAUCUGCCAGCAAUUUGAGGACAUUUUAUUGGCACUCAAGCGAAAUGGAAUUGAUCACCGAGGUUUACUCUUGGAGCAUUUCGUAUGGAUCCAAGACGGCUUAAAGACAAAUCUUUCGUUGAUCAGCUGGGGAUCAGCCAAAUGGUUAAUGAGAGAAGAAUGGGAGACGGAUAACGAAGGAGCCCAGAUCAUCCGUGAUUUUUUGGAGCCUGAAUUGUGUAGUCGUCAACCAUCCGCGCCAGCACUUUACGACAAGCAUAUAAACCCAAACCUCGUUGAGGCAUAUCAGAUUUUUGCCGUCAUUAUUAACUGGUUCCCCGCCGAAUUUGGGCGACAGUUCAAUCACCUUCGUUUAUUACCGUCCACCUUAACUGCCGACAACAGAUGCAGCGCAAGUCGGGAGACGACAUCGGCUCGACCUUGGCUUUCCACUCCGAUCGAGCAUGACUCGUCCAUAGCCCGUCGGUGGAUCUCGAUGGGUACUCUCUGCGUCUCUAUCGCCUACGUCUUUUGCCGAUCUUACCAGAAUUCCUCAGUGAGAAGAUGA